AUGGUUGAAUUGCCCCUGAGAUUCCCAGAAUUAGAGACAUUGCAAAAUGCGCUGCCGCCCAAUGUAUUGAAUCAAAGAGAGAAUAGCGUUACCUCUGUGAACAAACUAGAAGGGCAUUUAGAUUUCUUAGCACGUAUUGACGUUCUAUUAGAUUACAGUUCCUCCCUCUGUGGUAUAUUGUAUCAUGAUGACUCUAGCGAAAUAUUAAACCAAGAAUUGAUUAUUUGCCUUGUGGAUAUUGCUUUCUUCUACAGAGAGGUUUCAUUGGAUGUAAUGCAAGGAGCUUAUGGAUCGGAAAGAACAGAUGGUGCCUGGUCAACCGGUGGUAGCUAUUUACGUAAAGGGUUAGGUUUAUUACAAUUUGCUUUAAAUUGGAUCCUAUCAUCGGCGGCCAUCGCUGAUGAGCAGUCGAUGUGUUCUUUGGUGGAAGACAUGAUAGCCGAAUUGAAGCUUUUACAACAAAUUGGAAUUGUUGUCCUAUCUCUCUCCAAAUUGAGGACAAAAAUGUAUAAGGACCAAAGGGAUGCAGUGUUAGAUUUUCAAGAGCAGGAUUUGAAAGAUUUAGCUGCCAACAGUGUACUCUAUUCGAAGCUCGUUAUUGGAUGUCUCGAUACAGCUUUGAAAUGCAAUCGUGGUACAAUCAUCAAUAAUUCCUUAUUUGCGUAUUUGAACAGUUUGAGUUUCCUAUUGUUGUCUCUAGAUGAAUACAAUAAGGACGAGACAGGUGUGGCUAUAGGAAUGAUUGAACGAUCAGUUUAUUACAUUUCCAAGAUUGUAAAUAAAUCUCAACUCAGCGAUCCAUUGUUGUCAAGAAAUAGGAAAAGGGACAGGUUAAAGAAUGCAUUGCAGAAGAAACCAUUCCACCCUGGCACCGGAUCCAGCACUGUUCCAUGGUUUCGAAAAGAUAAAGAUCAAAAUCUUUUACCGCUUUUACAGGAGACUUUAGACGAUUUCCUACUACCAUUGAUCUUUCUCUUAAGGUAUAGGUAUCGUCAAACAAAUGACAAGGUAAACUUCAAAUCCGUAGAGGAUGAAGAGUCAAAUCUACGCAAAUUGUUUCCUCAAGGGAAGGCACCAGAUAUACAGUUUGAAAACUGGUCAUUUGAUCAACGGACGUGCAAAUUGGCACCAAAACCUGAAUCGAGUUCUGGCGGCAGGUACUAUUAA